GGAUGAUAGACUUGUGUUGGGGCGGAGACUUUGGAGAACGCCCAUCAUCACGUCGGGUAGUGGAUCGCGUUGUGCAUUGUGGGACUGUUUCCGGGGGAGAGCUCGCCAACGCUGUUUGGCCUCACAUCAUGGAAGUAAUGAAUUAAAUGUUUUAUGUAGUGCCAGAAGUGCAGUUAAGUGUCUUUAUCAAGACCACGCACGUUUUGAGUAAUACUGUUUCUUUUAAGACGAAGCACGAAAAUGCAACCUGCAGGACUUUUUACUUAUUAACUUGCAAGACAACCAUGUCCACAAAAGCGCCGGAGCCCAUCAGUGCCGUUGUGUGCUAGUGGAGGGAUAGCAAGCUAGCUAGCAAGUCAGCUAGCAUAGCUUAUGGUUGGCUAGCAAGCAAGUUUUUAGAUCUCUUUCACAUGCUUCGAGUUUUGUUUUAGGCUUCUGUCACAUUCCAUUUCUGUAGUUUCCUGUGGAAGAAAAGGGUUUGAGUCGUGUGAAACGCGUUUUUCUGAAAAGCCGGUGACUGCACGAAGCAUUAACGGUUGCUAAGUUUAGCUUGCUAGCCAGCUAAAUUGUCUAAAGGCCGCAGAGAACCUCCCACACGUCUUUAAGGUUAUCUCGCUGUUAUAUUGUCUUUCUCUUGUGACUUCGUUCUCGAUAAAACGGUAUUAGAAAGAUGGCCUCAUCAUCAGGGAACGAUGACGACCUCACCAUUCCGAGGGCUGCCAUCAACAAAAUGAUAAAGGAGACACUGCCCAAUGUACGGGUUGCAAACGAUGCCAGGGAGCUUGUGGUUAAUUGUUGUACAGAAUUUAUUCAUCUGAUAUCCUCGGAGGCCAAUGAAAUAUGCAACAAGUCUGAGAAGAAGACCAUAUCUCCUGAACACGUUAUUAACGCACUCGAAAGCCUGGGCUUCGGCUCGUACAUCGCUGAAGUCAAAGAUGUUCUGCAGGAGUGUAAAACGGUAGCCCUGAAAAGAAGAAAGGCAAGCUCCCGCCUAGAAAAUCUAGGCAUUCCCGAAGAGGAGCUACUACGUCAGCAACAAGAACUGUUUGCAAAAGCACGGCAGCAGCAGGCUGAGCUGGCGCAGCAGGAGUGGCUCCAGAUGCAGCAGGCUGCCCAGCAGGCCCAGUUGGAAGCGGCGUCGGCCAGCGCGGCCCAGCAGGCCGGCUCCUCCCAGGACGAGGACGAGGAGGACGACAUGUGAAAAGCCAACCAGGUGCAGGACCAGAAGACGACGAGAGAUAUGAGAUAACGGCAGCACACCUGUCUGUCUGUCUCUCUCCUCCUUCUUUCGUCUAUACCUGGAUAAGCAGAGACCUCUGCAAUGUUUUGGGACAACCUGCCCCCUGCCCUGCCGAACCCCAACUCCUCAAAUCCCCCCCAAAACUGCUUUUAGCCCUUCGGUGAGGACCCCCCAACCUACAAGAGACAUUCUCGGUAAAGAAUGAGCAGUGAGCAGACCUACAUGGAUUCCUUUUUUAAGACACAAACUUCACUUGUUUGGGGGGGCAUGGUACACGUGGCCCUUUGAGAUAUUGUGUCCGUGUUACUUGUUUACCCGGCGAACCAGAUACAGAUGUAAGCUUUCUCGGCACAGCAGCAGUUUCUUUUUGAUUGUUUGUUUUGUUUUUUGUUAUAUUAUCUACUUUUAACAAUUGGCUAAUGGUACCAUAUUCGGUUUAGUAAAAAUGUGUAAGUGAAGCUUGUGCAUGUCAUGUCACAUGGUUGCAAUAGAAGUGGUCGCUGAUUGGAGGAAUCGUCAGGCUGUUCCUUGCUGAACAGGUACAAAACGGUCUAAGUGUUUAAGCUGUUGUACUGCCUGUUUUAGGUUGAUUGUAUAACUGUUCCUCAGUUAUUUUUGUAAUGUCCAGCAAGAAAUAUUUUCUAAAAUUGGGGGGGAUCUUAACGGCUCCUAAAAUAGGAGCUCUGGAGGUUGGGGAGGGGGGCAGUAUUCUUUUUCCUCUCCUUUUUAUAGGAACAGCUCCGUAUUCUUGUCUUGCUCAGUGGAUAAUACAGAUGUUAUGUCCAAAACUAUUCGGAGUUUUAUUUGUUUUAAACAUAAGAAAAUUCAUGUCUUUCUUGGAUCAUUUUAGUUCAGUCAAGGUGUAAAGUAGGUUGAGGCUUUUAUUUUCCUAACGCUCAGUACAGUAUUGCUAUGAAAAGAUACUUCUUUGUCUUACCCCUAGUACCAAAGACAGAACGCAAGCUCAAAACCCUUCAGUUACCAGACAGAGUAAAACCACAUUAUACCGUUAGUGUUUGUCCUCUGUACAGAAAUAAAUGGCUUUGGUGCAGACUGCGCCUGAGUUUAUGCACAUAGACACAACAUGGUUAGUGAUUUUUCACUUUGUACAAUGUUUUGAUAUUGGAACAUUUUCCCCUCGGUGCGAUGUGUAAAAGUUGCGUUGUGAAUGUGUGGUGAAUUCUUAACUUGUGAUGAUUGGUUAUCUCUAGGUAAAGUGUGUACACAUGCCUUCUUGAAAGCUGUAAGCUGUAUUCUCUAAGCAAUAAAGUGAAAAUGUUUUAUAGUCAGAACCGUUCCCAAUACGAGUUUCUGCCUCCUUGCCAGUAA